AACCCUGACAGGGCCUAUGUUGUGUUGAAAUUCAAAGGCCGGACUUGUUCAAGCGCCCGGGCCUUCCACAUCUUUCGGGCAUCGUGGUCGUCUUGAAGUUCAGUCGUCAUCCAACAGAUCGAUUCGUUUUCCAACCAGCCCCACGGGUCCUAGCCAUCCAUCCAUCCAUCCAUCCGUCGCUGUUCCCGCCCAAUUUGGAUCACACGCGAUCAUGGCUUCCAGGACCGGUGUGGUGUCGCUAGCCUCAUCCUCGUCCUCAUCCACCGAAGACCUCUUCUUCCAGACGCCGCCUAUCACGCCUCGGUCCGCCGUGCCCCCCCAAAUGGUUCGAUCCCAACCAACCCAAUGGAGUGAACCGCGAGCGGCCAGAAAAGUCCUUGAUUCGUCCUCGGAAAAUGAAGAUGAUGAGGACGAUGGGCCCAAAAUUGUUGACGAGAGCGAUGAUAUCAUCGAAGACACGCCCAACACCCCGCUACGGGUCCGAGCGCCCGUCCGGACCCGCCCCAUGUCGUCCACGCGUGUCAAAGUCGGGGCAGAUCCAGAGAUAAAUCCCAAUCCUACUUCCGAGGGCGAUUGGCUCACUGAGGAUGAUCAGGAUGACGAUGAUGAAGAUUUAAGUCCAGUGGUGAAAAAAGCGGGUCCAUCGCACAAGAAGGCCAUCAUCAUUUCAUCGGAUGAAGAGGCGGACGAAGCGGAAGAGACGGGGGCGGAUUCCGAUCCUGAGCUCACCGAAGACGAGUCGGAAGAGGACGCCUCCGAUGAAUCUGGCCAAGAAACGGAGGACGAAUCCGAAGUCGAGGCAUUGGAUGAAACGGUCGGAGAGCCGAAGAAAACGUUGGCCAAGCCGGACGUCAUCUCGGUGGACUUGACGUUGGAUGACUCUAUUGAGAGCCAGCGGUCAUAUUCGCCGUCAGAGGUCAAGUCCUUGGCGUCGAAAUUGGCCACCAAACAGAAGCAGUUAGAGCAAAAUACUGCUUUGUAUCGCAGUAAAGCGUCGGUUCUUCCCGAUCGAGGGGCCAAACUUAAAGGCUUUAUCGAUCAACUCCAAAAGGAACAUGAUGAGCUGCGUCAAGAAUUCAGAUUGGCUCAAGCCAACACGAGCUCGGAGGGCUCGCUGGGACGCCCCUCUCAAGGAAAAGCCCCUCUAUCGUCAUCCUCUGAAGUGAGCUCGGUGAAUAAGAAUGCGCCAUCGGGUAGUUUCACUGAAAUGCAACAUGAGCUCGAAGCUGUCCGGAAGAAACACCGGAUCCUCACUCAACAAUUCAGCACUAUUCGGAUCGAAAGUUUAGUGGAUGGCGGACAAAAGCUGAAAGGCGAAAUCUACAAGACCCGCAGCGAGAUUCAGCGGUUGGAAGCACUUUUGGCCGCUAAAUAUGGGCAAGAAAAAGCUAAACAGGGAUCCAUGCCAAGUGCUGCCGGUCCCGCCGGGUCCAAAUCUACUUCUCAGACCAAGUUGAUUGAUUUCAUGCCUCAAGCCCCCAUUCAUAACGAGAAUUGGCUCAAGGCCCGACAGAAUAUGAGCACUGGAGUCUCAUUGGCUUACCAACAGGCCCAUCUAUGGGCCAAUGACCCGACUAAGAAUAACUUAUACGGAGGACGUAUGACCAACUUUCGUCAUGCCGAGGCCACACAUAAGAUCACGGACAGUUUAAAGAAGAUCCACACGUCCCUGGAAACAAUGCCUGCUGAAGGUGACGAGGAAAUUGACCCCGUUGGACUCAAAUCCUCGGUCAGGCUGUUCCCUCAUCAAAAGCAAGCUCUGGCUUGGUUACUCUGGCGAGAGAAUCAGGAUCCGCCAGGUGGGAUUCUAGCCGAUGACAUGGGAUUGGGCAAGACAUUGACUAUGAUAUCGCUUGUCUUGAGGCAUCGGGAGCUGUCAGAAAAUCAGGCCUUCAAAAAGCAAGAGGAGGAAUGGUUCAACAAACACGCCAAAGGCUUGGUUCAGUCCAACACUACUCUCGUGAUUUGUCCAGCCAGUUUAUUGGGUCAAUGGGAGGGCGAGAUAAAGACCAAGGUCAAGUCUGACCAACUGAAGGUCCUCGUUUACCAUGGAACUAGUCGAAGUCAAAGUGCCCGGAGCCUGGCCCGUUAUGACGUUGUGAUAUCCACGUAUUCCACCGUUAUGAACGAAAUCAAAGUGGUUUUGGGCAAGAGUAGCGAAAAAAGCAAGUUGGAUGACAUGAAAUCUGCCAAUAAUAUAGAGACUGCUCAAAAUAAGAAUGUGAAAUUGCUCUCUGUGGCUUGGGAGCGAAUUAUUUUGGACGAGGCUCACACUAUUCGUAAUCCCCGAUCUCAAACCUCACAAGCUGUGUGUCGAUUGAGAGCGGGAAGAAGAUGGGCUAUCACAGGCACGCCCAUUCAAAAUCGCGAGACGGACCUCUACUCUUUGUUGCGUUUCAUUCGUUUGGACCCUUUCGACGAAUAUCGGACUUGGAAGAACUGGGUGGAUAACAAGUCUGCGCAAGGCCGAACUCGAAUGGACCUCCUGGUCAAAGCCUUGACCUUGAGACGAACCAAAGAACAGAAGUCCAAUGUUACUGGAAAUGCCAUCGUGAGCCUGCCAACCCGAAGUGUGAUUGAGCACAGAAUCACUCUCCAUGAAGACGAGAAGAAGGUCUAUGACGAGGUGUUCAGCUUUUCGCAACAAGCCAUGAUUAAUUAUAUGAACAAACAUCGCCACAAGGACGAUGACGAGGCUUAUGUGGCUCACGUCAACCAAACUGGAAGCGGACGCGAUUUUAAAUUUCGACCGGAGGAACACAUGGAGGAUAAGAAUGGAGCUGUUGGAUCUACCUCCAUUUCUAAUAAUGGGCUCGGUAGCAAAAUGGGCAAUGUUAAGGAUGUUAAGGCCCAUCAUAUCCUCGUUCUUUUAUUGCGACUUCGACAAAUUUGCUGCCAUCCAGGCCUCAUCAAAACCAUGUUGGAUUCGGAAUCCAAAUCAACAGAGGGCAUUGACGACGAUGGCGAUGACUUGGACCUAAUCUCACAAUUGGCAGACAUGUCGCUUGCUUCAGGGAAGAAGACACCCACGCCCGAAGAGAAGCUACAGAAAAGCGUUCUUCAUUUGAAUAACCCUGUGUUCAAACAGGACCGCGAGAGUAGCAAGAUCCUUAAGGUUGUGUUGGAACUUACCAAAUUAAAAGAGCGACACACCAAGACCGGCGUCAUGGAGAAAGCCGUAAUUGUGAGCCAAUGGACCUCUAUGUUGGAGAUUGUGAAGAAUCACAUCGAAAGCAUUGGUCUCCGAACUUGCGAAAUCAACGGGAAGGUGCCCGUCAAGGAUCGGGGCGAAAUUGUAAAUCAGUUUAAUCGAAAGGAUAAGAAGCCCCAUGUCAUGCUUUUGUCGUUGGCGGCGGGUGGAGUGGGACUGAAUCUAGUUGGAGCCAAUCAUUUGUUCCUCCUAGAUCUUCAUUGGAACCCUCAAUUGGAAAAACAAGCCUGCGAUCGGGUGUACAGAGUCGGACAAACUCGUGAAGUAUCUAUUCACAAAUUCCUCUGCGAGGAAACCGUCGAAAGUCGGAUCCACCAGUUACAAGAGAAGAAACUGGAGAUUGCAGAGUCUGUCCUAAGCGGUGUGAAACGUGGAAAUCAAUCCAAUAAGCUCACUUUCGAAGACAUGAAGUCACUCUUCAACUUAGCAUAACGAAAGAAGAAUGUAUAUUUUCAUACUGAACGAAUUUUUUUAACGCGGGUAGCCUUAUGAUUGAUAAAUAAACGAGUGACCAAACCGA